UCAGUAACUCUCCACCAAUCAGCUGUGCACAUCUGGCCUGACUGAACUGACAGCAUUUGACGUUUUUAGAAACUUUAGUGAGAAAAACAUUGAAAUACGAUGGACGAAGAGGAUAUUCUGCCUCCUAGAACUCCAUAUCUACCAAUAAUCUGGGCUGCAAUAGCCUCAGUUGGAUGGUACGUUCUGGGACUCCUAGUGGCUGGCUUCUUCGCCUCUCCGUACAUAGCUGACAAAUACAGAAGUUGGAAGAGCAGAAGGGAUGAACAGGAUUAUGAGGAGAGGUACAAGAAAAAUCCUGACCUACAAGAGGAGCGUUUGACGUCGAUUGAAGCAGCGAGACAACGCAUGCAGUCCAAAUACAAUGAAACCGUUGAGGAAGCAGAACGGAGGAAGGAAGCUGAGAAAGAGGAAAAAAUGAGGGAACUCCUUAAAUACAGUGAUGAGGCUGGUGGCCACAGGCUCGGUGGACCGUCGACUUCAAAGUCGAAAUAUAAUGAUUAUAAUCCACUGACGGGAGAUACAACGCGAGGAUACAAGCCCCCGAAACGCAGUGCCUGUCGUGGCGGAGGCUGUGGUGGCUCCUAAAAUUCACUCAUAGAAAACUAAUUAAAUAAUUUAACUACAAAAAAAUCAUUGUCGCCCCUCCGGAGCUUUUUUCCCGGAAAUGGGGCUCCUAAAGACCACCUAACAACCUACUUACUUCGACUUAAUUCAUGACAUACGUAUUAUCCAUAAGAAACGUGCAAUGAUCAUUGUAAUCUGUGCAAUAAGAGUGAAAGAUACAGAUCUAUUACUUUUAAUUUACAUCUCAAUCAAAUGUUCAAUAAAAAUGUUCUCACAAAAA